UGGGGCCCCCGGGCAAUAGGGGAUCAUGGGGCCCCUGUGUCCUUACCCAAACUCAAAAAAGCCUAUGAAAAAGCAGGAGCUGUAAAUCUGAACAUAAAGGCUCACUGCCUGCUAAGUGACAACAGUUCUGCCUACAGACAAUCUGAAAGAUCUGCUUAAUCAGGGCCACAGGAGCAGGGGCGGACUGACAACUCAUGGGGCCCCCGGGCAAUAGGGGAUCAUGGGGCCCCUGUGUCCUUUCCCAAAUUCAAAAAAGCCUAUGAAAAAAGUACCAGGGGCAUCUAAUGGAGCCCCCUACUGACCUCAGGCCCUCGGGCAGUGCCCGAGUUUCCAAAUGGUCAGUCCGCCCCUGCAC